UUACCCUCAUGCCCGCUCAGACCUCGACUGCCCAAUGAAGUGAGUGACUCGGCCUGUCACCGGGGUGUCUGACGUCCCACAGACCAAUGGUGGUUUUCUCCACGCUAGUCUGACCAAUGAGCUUUUUCUCGGCCUAGAAGGGCGCAGGGACAUCGAGGUAAACCAGUACGAGCGCUUGAGUCCCGAGGAAGUCAGUCACGGAGUCACCGUGAGAAACAACAUCCGCAAAAUGCCGAAUAAAGCUAAAAAAGAAAAGGAACCAACCAAAUCCGCAAAAGGCACCACGAAAAACAGUAAUGUCAGCGGUGGGAAGGACGCCGGAAAUGAAAACGCAGAGGAGGCGCAGCAACAGCAGACGGCGAACAAGCGUCCGAGCAACAGCACCCCCCCGCCCACGCAGCUGCACAAGAUCAAGUACUCGGGCGCUCCGCAGAUCCUCAAGAAGGAACGACGCCACAGCUCGUCCCGCUUCAACCUCAGCAGGAACCGCGAGCUGCAGAAACUACCCGCCCUCAAAGAUGCUCCCCCUGUUGAGCGGGAGGAGUUGUUUGUGCAGAAGCUGCGUCAGUGCUGCGUGCUCUUUGACUUCGUGAGCGACCCGCUCAGCGACCUCAAGUUCAAGGAGGUCAAACGCGCCGGCCUCAACGAGAUGGUGGAAUACAUCACACACAACAGAGACGUCGUCACCGAGAGUAUCUACCCAGAGGGAGUCAUCAUGUUCUCAGUGAACCUGUUCCGCACGCUGCCCCCCUCGUCCAACCCCACGGGGGCGGAGUUUGACCCUGAGGAGGACGAACCCACGCUGGAAGCCGCCUGGCCUCACCUACAGCUGGUGUAUGAGUUUUUCCUGAGGUUUUUGGAGUCUCCUGAUUUCCAACCGAAUGUCGCCAAAAAAUACAUCGACCAAAAGUUUGUCCUGUCUCUGCUGGAGUUGUUUGACAGUGAGGAUCCUCGUGAGCGGGACUUCCUGAAGACCAUCCUGCACCGCAUCUACGGCAAAUUCCUCGGCCUCCGCGCCUACAUCCGCCGCCAGAUCAACAACAUCUUCUACAGGUUUAUCUACGAGACAGAGCAUCACAACGGCAUUGCAGAACUCUUAGAAAUAUUAGGAAGCAUCAUAAACGGCUUCGCUCUGCCUCUGAAGGAGGAGCACAAGAUGUUUCUCAUUCGGGUUCUGCUGCCACUGCACAAAGUCAAGUCUCUGAGCGUCUACCACCCACAGCUGGCGUAUUGUGUUGUGCAGUUCUUGGAGAAGGACAGCAGCCUCACUGAGCCGGUGAUCAUGGGCCUGCUGAAGUUCUGGCCCAAGACGCACAGUCCGAAGGAGGUGAUGUUCCUGAACGAGCUGGAGGAGAUCCUGGACGUCAUCGAGCCCUCCGAGUUCAUCAAGGUCAUGGAGCCGCUCUUCAGCCAGCUGGCCAAGUGUGUGUCCAGCCCCCACUUCCAGGUGGCAGAGCGAGCCCUCUACUACUGGAAUAAUGAAUACAUAAUGAGUCUCAUCAGUGACAACGCUGCCAAGAUCCUCCCCAUCAUGUUCCCUGCGCUCUACAAGAACUCCAAAAGCCACUGGAACAAGACGAUCCACGGUCUCAUCUAUAAUGCCCUGAAGCUCUUCAUGGAGAUGAACCAGAAGCUGUUUGAUGACUGUACCCAGCAGUACAAGGCAGAGAAACAGAAAGAGAAGUACAAGCUAAAGGAACGAGAGGAAGUCUGGCACAAGAUUGAGGAUUUGGCAAAACAGAAUCCAAACAUGCCGUUAGUCUGCCCUGAACAGAGGCCUGGCCACCCUGAUGAGUUCAUGAUGUGUGGUGAUGCCGGGGUGCCGCUGUACUCCAUGGAAACGGAGACCCCGACAGCAGAGGACAUUCAGCUGCUAAAGAAGACUGUGGAGACUGAAGCUACGCCGGGUCUGAAGGAGCUGAGGGUGGAGAAGGUUUUGAUGAGGAGGAAGUCGGAGCUGCCGCAGGACGUUUACACCAUCAAGGCGCUGGAGGCUCACAAGCGAGCCGAGGAGUUCCUGACGGCCAAUCAGGAGGCCCUCUGACCGCCCUCCCAGCCAAUCACCAGCCUCUCUGACCGCCCCGCCCGAUCCGGCUCUGACUGGCCCGGGUCAGUCCUGAGAUGCGGCCCACACUCGGCCCACAUGCGGCACACACGCGGCUGCUAUCUGGUGUGUGUGUCGCUCCCUCUCCCUCUGACUGGAUCAUCCGGCACCUGCUGUUUCUUCUUCCUUUAGUGUCUCUCCCUCUCUCUCUCUCUCUCUCUCUCUCUCUCUCCCUCUCUCUCUCUCUCUCUCUCUCCCUCUCUCUCUCUCUCUCUCUCUCUCUCUCUCUCUCUCUCUCUCUCUCCCUCUCUCUUUUUACUGCCCCACCCCCCCCCUCCAAACACACCCAGAGGACCACCGCUCCAAACAAACACACACACAGAUCCACACACGUGGCCCCAGGCCCAGCUGUCUGUGUGUGUGUGUGUGUGUGUGUGUGUGUGCAGUGAGCAGUAGGGUUGUAGCUGCAGUCAUGUGAGGAGGGCUUGUGUCUGUUUGUUCGUUUGUUUGUUUGUUUGUUUAUCUCGUGUGUAGUUGUUUGUUUGCAUUUAUUUUCCCAAUGCUGCUCUGUCUGUCCGUAAGCUUCAUCUCAGCAGUGCCCCCCCACCCAGUGUGUGUGCUGCCGUGUGUGUGUGUAGAGUGUGUGUGUAGAGUGUGUGUGCUGGCGUGUGUGUGUGUGUAGAGUGUGUGUGCUGGCGUGUGUGUGUGUAGAGUGUGUGUGUAGUGUGUGUGCUGGCGUGUGUGUGUAGAGUGUGUGUGCUGGCGUGUGUGUGUGUGUAGAGUGUGUGUGCUGGCGUGUGUGUGUGUGUGUAGAGUGUGUGUGCUGGCGUGUGUGUGUGUAGAGUGUGUGUGUAGUGUGUGUGCUGGCGUGUGUGUGUAGAGUGUGUGUGCUGGCGUGUGUGUGUAGAGUGUGUGUGCUGGCGUGUGUGUGUGUGUGUAGAGUGUGUGUGUGUAGAGUGUGUGUGCUGGCGUGUGUGUGUGUGUAGAGUGUGUGUGUGCUGACGUGUGUGUGUGUGUAGAGUGUGUGUGCUGGCGUGUGUGUGUGUGUAGAGUGUGUGUGUAGGAGUGUGUGUGUAGAGUGUGUGUGUAGAGUGUGUGUGCUGGCGUGUGUGUGUGUAGAGUGUGUGUGUAGUGUGUGUGCUGGCGUGUGUGUGUGUGUGUAGAGUGUGUGUGUAGAGUGUGUGUGUAGAGUGUGUGUGCUGGCGUGUGUGUGUAGAGUGUGUGUGCUGGCGUGUGUGUGCUGGCGUGUGUGUGUGUGUGGAGUGUGUGUAGAGUGUGUGUGCUGGCGUGUGUGUGUAGAGUGUGUGUGCUGGCGUGUGUGUGUGUGUGUGUGUGUGUGUGUGUGUGUAGAGUGUGUGUGUGUGUGUGUGUAGAGUGUGUGUGUAGAGUGUGUGUGUAGAGUGUGUGUGCUGGCGUGUGUGUGUGUGUGUGUGUGUGUGUGUAGAGUGUGUGUGUGUGUGUGUAGAGUGUGUGUGUGUGUGUGUGUGUAGAGUGUGUGUGCUGGCGUGUGUGUGUCCAGAGAAUGUCCUGCACUGCGUCCUGCUGGCUGGCCACCGGGUGGCGCCAAUGUACCCACUGGACACACACACACACACACACACACACACACACACACACACACACACACACACACACACGACCCAGAGCCAGAGCUAACACACAGCUCUCAUGCGGUCAUGCCAUUCUUCAUUACACUAGAGUGCAGUGUGUGUGUGUGUGUGUGUGUGUGUGUGUGUGUGGUAGCUCCUUCUCUGUCUCUAUCUGAAGCGCUAAGUCUGCAAACCCAUUUAUGACACACUCCUUCUAUGCUUCACAGUACUGUGUGUGUGUGUGUGUGUGUGUGUGCGUUUGUGUGCGCGUGUGCGUGCGUGUGUGUGUGUGUGUGUGUGUGUCAUCAGCAAAAUGAGCCCUGGUUCCAGCCGCACGUGCACAUGGCACUACCCAGGCUUCCUGAUCCAUGCUGGUGUGUGUGUGUGUGUGUGUGUGUGUCUGCUUUUUGCUCUGGCAGCAAAUCAUGUUGCGUUUCACAAUUCAAGUGUGUAUGUAUGUAUGUAUGUAUGUGUGUGUUUACAUGUGUAUGUAUGUCUAAGUGAGAAUAGAGAUUUUUUUUCCCUUUCCAUGGUUUUAUUGUAGUUGCCAUGGCUACAGCCUCGUCGGUGGCACAGCACAACGCAGGUGAAAUAUCCGUCAAUCAAAAGCACCAUGUUUCAGAACUCCGGUUAGCACCGUGUGUGUGUGUGUGUGUGUGUGUGUGUGCAUGUGUGUGAAUGCUAAAGCAGUUGAACACAACAGCAGGUGGGCGGCAGGUCAUGAGGGGGCGGGGCUAUCAUGAGGAGGCGGGGCUAUCCUGGCCGGCCCUCAGAAUGUUGUUUUAAGGCGGAGCCUGCGACCCUCAGAGUUCCCAUGUGACUCUUGUAGACUCCGCCCCUCCAGUCAGCUGACACCCUCUAUGCUGAACACCACCAGCUCCCCCUCUCUCUCUCCCUCCCCCUCUCUCCCUCUCUCUCUCUCCCUCUCUCUCCCUCCCCCUCUCUCUCUCCUUCCCUCUCCCUCUCUCUCUCUCCCUCUCUCUCCCUCCUCUGACAGCAUGCUGGACUUUGUGUGACCAAAGCAGCUCGCUGAGUUCUUCUGAGUUCUCUUUUGUUUAUUUGUUUCCAUGGUUUCCGUGCUCUCCUCGUUCUCUCCCACACUCCUGCUAUUCCCAUAUGCCUCUGACAUUCCGCUUUGACAUUCCAGAACCUUCCAAAGGCUUCCUGGAGCCACACAGGUGUCGGGUCAGGCGCACACUGAUGACAUCACAAGCAGCCAUGAUAUGAGUUGUUGGGUCACUUCCUGCUGUGCUCAAACGCCACCACGGUCACCUGAUUCUGGCGUCGACCAAUGGCAGCGGCUCUCUAACACACACACACACACACACACACACACACACACACACACACACACACCCCCCAAUACGAAGACCAAGGCCUGCCCCCUGCAGCCCCCCCCCCCGCCCCCCCGCAGGCUCGUUCCCCCAUCUGACACUAAGCGUAAGCUGCUCUCCAGGUUAUAUGUACAUAUGUUGUACUUUUAUUAGCUAGAGCAUUAUAGUAUGAAAGUCAUAUUUUGUACAGAUGUUCAUGUAUGUACAGAACGAAAAUAAAGUCAAAAACAAAAGACGUCACAGGCAAUGAAGUUUCUGAUUUCAAUGUGGUGUGGGGCAAAAUAUCAGAAAUAAUGCGUUCAACAGCACAACAUGGGCAAAAUAUCAGAAAUGCUGCGUUCAACAGCACAACAGGGGCAAAAUAUCAGAAAUGCUGCGUUCAACAGCACAACAGGGGCAAAAUAUCAGAAAUGCUGCGUUCAACACUCAAACAGCCAGAAUUGCACUCCCCACAUCUACAUUUGGGAUUUAAAAAGCACAAAAACACUUCCAUGAUCACUUCCAACACACACACUUCUCCACACACAUGUUUACAUAAACACUUCCAUGAUCACUUCAACACACACACUUCUCCACACACACGUUUACAUAAACACUUCCAUGAUCACUUCAACACACACUUCAACACACACAUGUUUACAUAAACACUUCCAUGAUCACUUCAACACACACUUCUCCACACACAUGUUUACAUAAACACUUCCAUGAUCACUUCAACACACACACUUCUCCACACACAUGUUUACAUAAACACGUCCAUGAUCACUUCAACACACACUUCUCCACACACGUUUACAUAAACUGAUGCUAACUGAUGCUCGUGUGCAACACGGAUCACUUUGGUCAGACAGGUGAUGUGGGUGUGAAGACGGAACUUGUAUGAACGGGAAAAGAAAAGUGUGUGUGUGUGUGUGUGUGUGUAUGUCCUUUCAGUCUCCUGACCCCUUCUGCUCUAGCUGUGUACUGACACCUGCCCAUGUACACUAGUACACACACACACACACACUACUGUACACCUGCCCAUGUAGUACACACACACACACUACUGUACACCUGCCCAUGUAACACACACACACACACACACACAC